CGCCUGCCCGCCCCCCGCUCGCGCUCCCCCUCCCCUGCGGUGGCUCUCCCGGUGCAUUGUGGGAGCAGUCCGUUGUUCAUUUGCCAUUCGACCUGAUCCGGGGCCUGUUGGGACGGAAGCGCCGCCGAGCGGGAUCCAUUGUGGGGAGCCUGCGGCGGUGAUCUAGGCCGGAGCCGGGGGGCGAGCCGCCGGACUCCGUUUCUCUCGGCCGCCACCCCAGCCCUUCCCGCACGGCAGCCGGCGCCUCCUUCCCCCUUCCCGCGGGCAGAGCCCUCGGCCGGGCGGGGAGCGGCGGGCCAGGGGCGCGAGGAGGCGGCGGGCGGGGGGCGCGCGCGCGCCAUGUUCGCGGAGAUGAACCGGCGGACGCUGGCGUUCCGGGGCGGCGGCCUGGUCACCGCGGCGGCGGCGGCCGGCGGCGGGGCCGGCGGCGCGGCCGAGGCCUGGGACCGGCAGGACCCCGAGCCGCUGAACGGGCGCGGGGCGGACGAGGAAGUGGAGCUGGAGGGGCUGGAGGCCGAGGAGCUGGAGGGCGCCGCCGACGAGAAGGACCUGCUGCUGCCGCAGGACGCGGUCUCGCCCCCCGCCGCCGGCCCCAUGUUCGCCGAGAGAAACCGCCGGACGCUGGCCUUUCGGGGCGGCGGGGGGCUCCUGGCCGCCCCCUCCGCCGCGAACAAUGGCUGCGAAGCCCCGGCCUGGCCGCGGAAACACUUCAAUGGGCGGGGGGCGGACGAGGAGAUGGAGUUGGAGGGCGCGGAGGGCCUGGAGCCGGAGGGCCUGCUGGAGGGGAAGGAGCUGGUCCAGGACGGGGGAUCCCUGAGUGACAGCAGCGACGACGAGGAGGACGGCGAAGGGGGCAGCCUGGGCGACGGCAGCGGCGCCGAGGGCGGCAGCUGCAGCAGCAGCAGGCGGUCUGGGGGCGACGGAGGGGACGAGGCGGAGGGCAGCAGCGUGGGCGCGGGGGAGGGGGAGAGCAUCAAGCAUUUCCCGCUAGCCAGGCCCAAGUCGCUGCUGCAGAAGCUGCACAUCUCCUUCCAGGGCUCCUGGCUCAAGGAGUUCCCAUGGCUCUACUACUGCCAGGAGACCGGCCUCAUGUCCUGCGCCUGGUGCACCGCUGCCGCGGCCGCCGCCGCCCCUCCCGAGCUGAUCAUGGCCGGCGGGGCCCUGCCUGGGGGGCACGACGAGCUCUGCAAGGGCACCCGCAACUACAAGCGGGCCCUGCUCCUGCGGCACCACCUCUCCGCCGAGCAUCGCCUAAACGAGCCCGUCAGCGCCGAGCAGGAAUCGGAGUUACCAUCAGAACUGAAUAAUGAAGGAUACUGUGAUUUUAACAGCAGGCCAAAUGAGAACUCUUACUGCUAUCAGCUCCUGCAAGAGCUCAAUGAGCAGAGGAAGAAAGGCAUUCUUUGUGAUGUUAAUAUUGUGGUGAGCGGGAGGGUCUUCAGAGCUCACAAGAACAUCCUGGUUGCAGGCAGCCGCUUCUUUAAGACUCUCUAUUGCUUUACAAACAAAGAAAGCCGUAACCAAACCACUGUUACCUAUUUAGAUGUUGUUGCUGUUCAAGGUUUUUCUGUCAUCUUGGACUUCUUAUAUUCUGGUAACCUCGUGCUUACGAGCCAAAAUGCCAUUGAAGUCAUGUCAGUGGCCAGCUACCUUCAGAUGACGGAGGUUGUCCAGUCCUGCCGCAACUUCAUUAAAGAUGCCUUAAACAUAAGUAUAAAAUCAGAAGCUCCAGAGACCGUUGUCGUGGAUUACAACAGAAGAUCUGUUAGUAGGGAUGGUUUGUCUCCAAGGGAUCAGAAAGUUGCCAGCUUCUGGGCAACACGGAACCUUACCAACUUGGCAAGUAGCAUAAAAACUGAGAAUGAUGGUUACUCUAUUGAUGAGGGCCAAAUGGAAAGCUACCAAAUGAAUGACUGCAGUUGGGUCCAGGACAGCUCACCUGAAAUGGCUGAAAAUGAAUCUCAAGGUGAGGGAAAAGUUUUCGUAUGGAAUGACAUGGGCGCACAGGGUCAAUCAGUUCAAGAGCCUGGAAAAGCAAGAAGGAAAAACCAAACUACAAAGAGAUUUAUUUAUAAUAUACCACCUAAUACUGAAGAGAACUCAGAAGAUUGCUCAGUGUUGCAACCAUCAGUCCCGUAUCCGGAAGAAGAUUUGUCAUUUAUUAAAGAAGAAGCAGGUACUUCAAGUGACUUCAAGUACGGACUGCUGCCGGGUACUUCAAGUGACUUCAAGUACGGACUGCUGCCGGGUACUUCAAGUGACUUCAAGUACGGACUGCUGCCGGGUACUUCAAGUGACUUCAAGUACGGACUGCUGCCAGAAUCGUGGCCAAAAGAAGCUUGGGAAAAUGGUGAUUCCUCUGCUUUAAUCAUGAACAAGUUGAAGUGUCCACACUGUAAUUAUGUAGCCAAAUACAGAAGAACACUAAAGAGACACUUGCUCAUUCACACAGGCGUGAGAUCUUUCAGUUGUGACAUCUGUGGGAAGCUGUUUACUCGAAGAGAACAUGUAAAGAGACAUUCCUUGGUGCAUAAAAAGGAUAAAAAGUAUAAAUGUAUGGUGUGUAAGAAGAUUUUCAUGCUAGCAGCCAGCGUUGGAAUAAGACAUGGAUCACGACGUUACGGAGUUUGUGUAGACUGUGCAGAUAAAUCUCAACCUGGAGGGCAAGAGGGAGCAGACCAGGUGCAGGACACAGAUUUCCCUAGGGAUGAAGAAUACGAGGAAAAUGAAGUGGGAGAAGGUGAUGAGGAGCUUGGUGAUGAUGUAGAAGAACAGAACGACCAGUCUCGAUGGGAUGAAUCUGGGGAAGUUUGUAUGCCUUUAGAUGACUGACAGAGCAUAUGACUUCAGGGUGCUGCAAAUGGACACUAUAUGGAUUGACUAUUUGAAUUUUUGGACUGAAGGCUUGCGAAAUAUGGUACAGGCUGGAUGGUAGUUAUGUUGCUGUGAAAAAUGUAGGGUCAAAGCCUUAUAGCAAAAAAGGAUUAUUAAUUUUUUAAUGAUAUUUGCACAGGACUGUACAGCAUACAACCAUUUGGUUGAAUUAUACAGAGUCCUCACAUCUACAGUCAGUUAUGAAAAGAAAAAUGUAUUUUUUAUUAUUUAUAGGAUAUAGCUACUUGGGUCCUAUUCAGACAUAGUAGUAACUGUACUUACGUUACACAUUCAUGUAUCUGUUAACAUGAAUGAAGAAAAUGGCAACUUGGUAUGGAAAUACAAAGACAGCUUUCCCAAAUCCACUUGUACGUUGUCAGUGAACCAGUGAAGCUAAUCUGAGCUAGUGGCUCUUGUUUCCACAAGCAUGUCUUUACCAUACAAACCUUACCUCUCCCGUACUCUAGUAGGUGAAAGCCAAUCAUUUAAAUAUGCAUCACAGGUAAUGCCAACACCGUAUGGAAAUUUGGUUUUAAAACUUUUGGCUCUAUGCUGGCAAGUGUUAUAGGUGAUAAGCACUGGAGAAGUUAAUAAUGGCAUUAAUUUAGUGUCUGUUUCUUCACAGUCUUGAAUUUUCAAGAAGGUUGCUCUUGAUUCAUCAGUUCCAAAAUGAUCUUGCAGAAGGAAUGACCAAUAAUGAAACAGUAGACUGAUCAGAGCAUGGGUAACUCUUCUACCACUUAGUCUAAAGAGACAGUCAUGCUGAAAGGUAUCCGAUGUAAUAAUGUUUCCUCCUUCCAAGGCCCCCUCCUCUCAAACUUUUUUAAUUCCCUGGUGUAUACCUCAGUCCCACGGAAUAAAAAUACAAGAAAUGGAGAAAGUGUCAUAUUAAAAGACUUCUUGGUUGAUAACUUUACUUGUCCGGUUUUUUGCUAGUUUGUGAUGUGAAUUGGACACUAGGCUAUUGUGCCCAUCGUUUGUCAUUAAAAUGAACACAAAUAAUUUUUUAUUCUUUUGUACUUAAUGGGUUGUUGCUAGUCUUUAAUAUAAACCGAUUAUAUUUAACUUGUUGACUUAAUUUGCUGGGAUUUUUUUUUUUAAGAAAAACAAACAGUCCAAAGCAAAAUAAAUGCUUUUUGAGUUGUCUACUUUUCAGGAUGAUAUACUCCCUACACUCUUUAUUUCAAAUUUUCUAGGAGGCGUUGAAACUUGAAUUUUUGUAGCCACGUGGAUUUUUUUCCUGAGCAUGUAAUACUUGUACCAAUGAUUUCAGGCCUCUUUCAUAGGGAGGGGAGGGCAUUACACCUUCAUCUUAAACUCCUCUGUGUUGUCUAGCCUAAGGCAAAUGAAUUCAGGCAAUCAUUGGAACAAUACAUCUGAUGUACUAUUAUGUCACGACGAGUAAAUAUGCAGAGCAUUUAUCAUGAUACAUAGCUAGGCCAGUGUGACAGUACUGUAUAAAAACCAGUUGAGGGUCACCCUAUUUUUCAGCUUUGUUUAAUUUUAAAAUGAGUAUAUUUUUUCCUAUUUUAUAUCGGGUAACUAAAUUAUGCUAGUUGUGUGGAUAACUUUGAACUAUGCUUUGACGGACAGAAUCUUAAUGGUGCUCCAUCUGAUCAAAGUUGGUAUAUAUUUAAAAGAGACAAGCUUUACUGUUGUCCUUUACAUCAGUAGAACAGUAACAUAAUGUUAAGACGUUCUUUUUGCUGAUUGAAGCUAAGUUUGAACUACAGUUAUAUGGGAAUUAAAAUGCUUUUUUUUAUCAUCCACUUGUUUCAUUAGUAGUUUCCACAUCAUUGUAAACCUGACAGAUGAUUAGUUUUUGGGGGGAGGGUGGGUGCCUUUUUUUUUUUUUUGUUACACUGAAGAAUACAUCUUAUUCUCAUUGUUCUAGACUAAAAUGAGUAAUGUGUAAUUCUGGUGGGGUCCAAAGUAGAAAUUAGUUGGGCAAAGAUGAUAUGAAUGAAAAAAUAUUUUAAACGUUAAAGUAAUGUUCUGCUUUGUGAAUAUGUAAGUAUAGCAUAAAGAUUUUUCCAUCCCAUUUAUCCCCUUUAAAAUCAUAGUUUACAAUUGGUAGAUCUGUCUAUAUAUAUAAAUAUAUAUAUAUCUGAAAUUCACCUAAAUCUGCUUUAAUUAGAAUACUGCUCACUUAAUGCUUAGAAACUGGACCUGGCUCUACAUUCUUAAUGUAUUUUCCUUUUUUGUUUUGUUUUGGGGUUUUUUUUUUUUCCCUCAAGGUAUGAACUUAUUAUCUUGGAACUGAAUCUUCUUUUGCUACUUAAAUCAUUUAUGUAUAUCUGGUAAAUUAUGACCAAAUUUGUUGUUAGACUGCAUACAGUAAAUUGAAAUAUACACUUGGUACACUACAGAAUUGUUGUGCUUUUGUUCUGGUUAUAUUUGGAAAAGCAGGCUUUGAUAGAAAUUAGUGUUACUUAUAAAUAUUCAGUUGUUAUUCACUGGCCUUAAUAUUCUGUUGCAUUGUGACAAUCGUUGAUUCCUUGGUGAUACUUAACUGCUUGCUUUUAGAAGUUGCAUCAAAAUGCCCUUAGGAAGGUUGGAGGGAGAGGGAUGACUAAUGAAAUGUGACACUAGUUCUUUAGCAAAUGGUGUGAAAUAGCUUAAUGGAGACCCACUGUUCUUAUAUUGGAGAACCAAAAGAAUUUGUUUGGGUGCUAUCUUUUCUGAGCUGUUUAUUCAAAAGUUAUUUUAAAUAUAUUACUUUGGGGAGCUCUAAAUUGAUAAAAGUAAAUUUCCAAAUAAUUACCUUAAAAGGGACAGUUCAAGUUUAUUUAUUAUAAAAAGCAGGAAGAGAUUUCUGUUUGCACUGGACGUAGUCUUCCCUCUUAAACCCUGGAGCUAUGCUGUAGUAACAUGGCAGUGAAUUUUGGUUUGGUGUUGAGUUUGGGGGUAGGGGGUUUUUUUCCUCUUUAAAAGAAGAAAGACUAGUGUGCUUUAACUGUCAUUCUUAUCAAAUUAAAAGAUACCCAGUCUUUUAUUUUGUCUUCUGAUGAAAUAUUUCUCAAACCAAAUGUCUGAGAUUUGCUUAUUUGGGGCAGUGCCACGCAAGAGUAGUUCAUGAAAAGAAUCAGGUAUGUUAUAAAAUCAGACUAACAGAGUUCUGAUGUUGGGAUUCCCCCCCUUCUGUGGUUUUUUUUUUGUUUGCUUGGUUUUUUACCUUGUCUCUUCAAGCAGUGGCAGUUAUCUUUUAGAAAUAAGCAUACAGAGCACUUUCUGGUAGGGAACUGCAAUGCAGAACAAAAUAAAAUCAGUAAGUAAAUUCACUUUCAUUAAAGUAGGUGUGAUGUAGGGAGGACAGACAACAUAAAAUGCAUUUGUCUUACGCUAAUGUUACUACAAUGCAAUAGCAAGCUCCUUCCAGUUGUAAUGUCAUUUGCAUCUUGCAGGAGAAAUGGCAUUUUUUUUUAAUUGUGUAGAAAAUUUCAUAGUUCAGUUUGCAAACAGAUCUUCUGGUAAAAUCAUUUCCUGAAGUGAAACCAGUUUUGAAAGCCAGAAAUGAUACUUGGUUGUCAGCACAGUGGUGCACCCUAAGAAGUAAGAGUUGAAAUUACAGGUCCCCAUAGUAUAUACACUGUUACUUUUUGACAUGCAUAUACUUCUGCAAAUGCAGUUUUCACCUAUUACUACAUGCCCCUCUUCCCUCUGAAAACAGUGUUACCCGUAGGUGAAGAAAAGUUUGGGGCCGGGACACUGGCAUGUAGUAGGCUUCUAGCUGCAGGUCACAGCAGUAAUGCUGUUAGCAGAAGAUGCUUUCUUUGCCUAGCUUUACGUUGGUAAGGCCUUUAAUAGGAUUUUCUUUAUUGAGGCCAAUCUGGUUUGUUUGCUUUAAGUUUUGCUUCAUUUGACUUUUCCUGUUCUUGCCACUCGAUAACAUGAGUCUCCCACCAAAUAUUUAUAUAGUCUGCUGACUCCAUACAGAUGCAGAAAUAACUUUGCAAGAACUGUGCCUUAUUGGCUGUUACAUUGUAUGUUGUUGUAUUUAAAUGGCUUUGGAAACUAACAAGAGAAAUUAAAGCAAGAUAAUUGACACCAGCAGCAGCCCAAAAAACUUGUGCCAAAAGAAGGUGAAAAAGGAGAAAAAUGUUGAAUGCAAUGUGAUGAGAAAAAGGCUUUUGGAUUUGAGUUGUUACAAUUCCUCUAGUUUGCUACUUGAAUGUUUCGAACAACCCACUGCGUUUCUUUCUAGCACAAUUUGGUGACAAGCUUCUGAUGAAGAAGCUGUACAAGAAGUCCACUUUUGAGUUUAUUUUGUGUCUCCAGAAUGUGGUUCAUGCUCUGUAGAGGUAGUACCACUGAGUAGUUUUCUGUAGGUAUUUUACGAUGUAGCCUUCUGUUAAUAUCCCUUUUCACUAUGUAAUUAGUUUCCCAUUUUUUUUAUUUGAUAAAUGUUUGCUCCUUAGAACUGAGAUUUGCCUUUUAUAUGUUUCAAUAGCACAUUACUGCGUUUCACUAAACAGUAUGGUAAAGGUUAAAUAUUGACACAAUGAACACAAGACAUAAGUUGCUUUUCAUAUAGUAUCCUUUAACAAACCUAUAAUAAAAUAAGUCUUUUGUAAUAAAGAAAACACAGGUUAAUCCAGGCAUUGCUAGCUGAACCUUUUGAGAUGUUGGAAGAUCCCACGUAUAAUUCACUAUGGGUUUUUAAAAUACUUUUCUGUGAAAAAAGGUAAAAUACACUAGAAGGAUCCUAUGACCUAAACUGGAGG